AUGAACCGGCAGCUAGUGAAAAUUUUGACAACCUUGUUUGCAUUUUUCUUAGAGACAAACCACUUCAGGACGACUUUCUGUAAAGAACAUGAUUCAAGAUCUGGAAAAUCCCCCUCACAGACCCUGUCUCCUUCAGAUUUUUUGGACAAAUUGAUGGGAAGGACAUCGGGGUAUGAUGCUAGAAUCAGACCAAAUUUUAAAGGUCCUCCAGUAAACGUUACUUGCAAUAUUUUUAUCAACAGUUUUGGAUCAGUCACAGAAACCACAAUGGACUACAGAGUGAACAUUUUUUUGAGGCAGCAGUGGAAUGAUUCACGUCUGGCUUACAGCGAAUAUCCCGAUGAUUCCCUGGAUUUGGAUCCCUCUAUGUUGGAUUCUAUUUGGAAGCCAGAUUUAUUCUUUGCCAAUGAGAAGGGAGCAAAUUUCCAUGAUGUCACAACAGACAACAAGUUGCUGAGGAUUUCUAAAACUGGAAAGGUGUUGUACAGUAUCAGGCUCACUUUAACCUUGUCCUGUCCCAUGGACUUGAAGAAUUUUCCUAUGGAUGUACAGACAUGUACAAUGCAGCUCGAGAGCUUUGGCUACACCAUGAAUGAUCUGAUAUUUGAGUGGCUAAGUGAUGGACCUGUGCAAGUUGCAGAGGGUUUGACCUUGCCACAGUUUAUUUUAAAAGAAGAUAAAGAACUUGGUUAUUGUACAAAACAUUACAACACUGGAAAGUUUACAUGCAUUGAAGUCAAGUUUCAUUUGGAGCGUCAGAUGGGAUACUAUUUAAUCCAGAUGUACAUUCCUAGCCUGCUGAUUGUCAUUUUAUCCUGGGUUUCUUUCUGGAUCAACAUGGAUGCUGCUCCAGCCAGAGUUGCACUGGGCAUCACUACAGUUUUGACAAUGACCACACAAAGCUCAGGAUCAAGAGCUUCCCUCCCAAAAGUCUCCUAUGUAAAAGCUAUCGACAUUUGGAUGGCUGUGUGUCUCCUCUUUGUCUUUGCUGCUUUGCUGGAAUAUGCAGCAGUCAACUUCGUUUCAAGGCAGCACAAAGAGUUUCUGAGGCUUCGGAGAAGGCAAAGAAGACAAAACAAGGAAGACGAAGUUGCUCGUGACAGCCGAUUCAAUUUCAGUGGCUAUGGCAUGGGCCACUGCCUCCAGGUCAAGGAUGGCACAGCAGUCAAGGCUACACCACCCAACCCAACUCCAGCACCACCAAAGGAUUCAGAUUCCAUCAAAAAGAAGUUUGUUGACCGUGCAAAAAGGAUUGAUACAAUAUCCCGUGCUGCGUUCCCACUCGCCUUCCUCAUUUUCAACAUCUUUUACUGGAUUACAUACAAAAUUAUACGGCAUGAGGACAUUCACAAGAAAUAG